CUAAAAAACUGACCUUGCAAUUAUUGGAAAUUAUAAUAUCGACUGAAGGUCAUUGCAGACAGUGCCGACGAUUAACGCUCGUGCUGGUGGGCUUGUGGGUCAUGUUAUGAGACUCUAUUCUGGAAAUAUCUUGCGUUUUUGUGGAUAAUCUUCCCUUAGUCUAAAACAUUCUAUUUGGAACUAUCAGAUACUUGUUGCUCCACCAUCCGUUGGAUGGGCUAAUGUUCGAUGAGACUGCUGUGCAUGUUAUUGGAGGAGGGUGAGUCUGAAUAAAUACACCAUCUUUCUGAUGGGUUCGUAUGAAUAAAGUUAAUGACAUGUUUUUUUGCAAAUGUCGUGCAUCGGAGGAACAGUUGGAGCAGUUUUAACUUGUCCGUUAGAAGUUGUCAAAGUUCGCCUACAAUCUUCAAAGGGAAUUGUACUUUCUUCAUCUUCAUUCAGGCCUAACCUCGUCCCAGAUUAUAAUCGCAGUCACCGUUUUUCGCGCAUACGAUGCAUGUUAUAUGGUUUAAAACAAGUUGAUCCUAAACAUGUUCAAAAAUCCAGUCACAAGUCAGUGAUUUCUUCAUGUAUUAGUUCAUCAAAACCCUCAGUUCUCAACAUUCCGACUACAUCUUCCGAUUUCUCAAACGUCAAACCUCAUGGACUUCGGCGAUCUCUUAUUCUUCGCUCGUUAAUUGACAUUUUUCGUUAUGAAGGACCCACAGCUCUCUUUAAAGGUCUAGUUCCUACUCUUGUUGGAGUGAUGCCAACACGAGGUAUAUACUUUUGUGCAUAUCAUAAUGGACAGUUAUUCUUUGAAAAAUAUUUCCAGCCUGGUUCUUCAUUUGUUUAUUUAUGUGCUGCUGGAAUUGCAAGCAUAACCGCUUCUUCCUUAACCAAUCCUAUUUGGUUUGUAAAAACAAGGCUUCAAUUAGAUUCACGGCAAGUCGAAAUUGUAUAUCUGUUUUUUAUAGUAACAAACACCCUACUCAUUUUCUUGUUUUUAGAAACACGAGUACAUGGAAUCAUUAUUCAUCGUAAAUACGGACCAGUCAUUCAUUAUAUUUAUUCGUUUCAAAGACGAUAGGAUGCUCAAAUUUUCCACUGUUCUACAAUCUGUUCUAAACCAAUCAUAUUAUCUUUGCCACUUACACUUUACGUUAAGGCAUGUUAAUAUGGACUUCGAAUAUCUGACUCGAGGUAGAUCGUAUGAAUGAUUGUUGUCAAAAUAUACAUCCUGGCUAUCCUUGUAUAUUAUCAUCUACUUAACUGGCGUUAGUGAACAACUGAAUUAAAUAAGUCAAAUUCGAAAAUAGAUUUCGAUUAUGUAUAUUUCAUACAAUCAUUGAUCUAAAUAAACUAUCGGAGAAACGAAGCGAAGUGAAGAGAGCGAAGCAAAAUGACGCGCGGUAGAGAGGGCGUAUGAGACAACUAAAUUUACUCAAGCCUUAAUCGUGAUUUAUAGUCACACAAAUAUAAGUUACAGACAUGUGAUGAAUGUGAUAAGAAGGGCACACGCAUAUGAUUACGUAAAAACAGUCAAGAUUGAUAAGCGAAUAACUAACAAGGUCAAAAUGUAACUCAGGUAGGAUGAAUAAAAUGGCUUGUCGAGAAGCUAGAAUAAGCUAUAUGGGCUUAACAUAACAACCGACACUACAGGUUUUUUGUUUAAAGUCAUUACAUUUGCUUAGUGAAUUCACUUCUAAUGGUGCCAUUAAUCGUUAAAAGUAAUCUUUAUGUCGUGGAUGAAAAUCAGCUCAGUUAUUUAGUCCCAGUUCAGAACUCUUCAUGAGUAUGCUUAAUAGUAUAGUGCUCAACAUCGGGUCUAGAAGUUCUGGAUUCGAUCUUGUGUAAAAUCCAUGGUUCAUACUACUGAGCAGUGCAAAUGUAGAAUUAACAAUUACUUUUUAGUUUUCAAUGAUCUAUCAUCUCGAUAUCAAUUUUCGACCAAAUACUAUUUUCGAGUCAAAUAGCUGAAUCCCCAGGUUCGAUACAGUUCUUUUAUCUAACUUAUUUACUAAUCGCCCCUAUAGACACACUUUAUCUAAAAACAAUUAAUGAAAGUCAUCAAAAGCUUAGUGGAUUAAAUUUAAACAGGCGUAUGUAAGUAUUUAAGUACAGUUCGUUUAGCUGCAGUAGGUUUUUUUCUUGAUUGGGUUAAUUUUUCUAAACUGAGAGCUUAAGUGAAUUAGGUCUUCAUGUAGAAUCGUAACUGAAUGAUUUCGCUUUCCAAUUCAUUCUCAUGGCCGCAGGUUCAAACGUUUUGCUAAUUGUGAUUUUUAGUCACUUCUUGUAACCCUUUGCUUGGUAUCUUACCGGCAGUACAUGCGCUUAGAUAUAUCAUCAGUCACAUAUACAUCAACAAUUGAAAAUGCCUUCGAGUUUUUGGUAGAGGUCCUUCAAUGCUUGUUCAUUUUGCCUUUAUUAUCUUUAUUUUUGCAACCUUUUCAUAUUCUAUUUUAUCUGAUUUCAAUAGUCAUGGUGUCCUUAAUUUAAAACUAUAUUUCUGGUUUGUCGGAGAAGGUGGGAUAUGGUUAACUCAUGAUCAAAGAUAGAUACAUCUAACCGUAUUUUACAUCUAAAAACAUUCUUCUCUGAUUUCACUGCUAACUGCUUUAUACUUCUUGCUAAUAUGUUCUGACCCAUAAGUUGUUUCCUAAGUAUUAGUUAGAUAAUUGGGUAGCAUAUCAAGUGAUCGGAUAUCGUGAUCUCCAUUUUCCAGUCUUGUAUUCAAUGCAUUAGUCCUGUUACCUAGUAGCCAAUAAUAUCCAGUGUCCAUUCGUUUAAUAUCCAGUGUGGAAUUGUGAACCUAAAUCAAAUUUCUUCAGUUUUAUCAAUUUCUAGAUUUACUUUUGGGUUUAUGAUGCUUAUGCGCUGUCCCAUUCUGAAAUAAGCUCUACUAACCAAAUUGUUACCAUAUUUUAGACAUAAACCGAUAAAUACACGCAACCAACGUAAGACCUAAUAGAAAUGUGUGCUAGCUCGAGUUGCCCCACUUCUUGGCAGCGCAGUCAGAACGAACCAACCGAGAAAAAGCAAGAAUAAUAAUUAUCCCGACGGUAGUGGGAAAGAAAACAGAAAAUAUCAUUCAAUAGGAAGAAUAGUAUGAUAAUGAACCCAAAUAACGAUGAAAAACCAAAUUUGUUUGCGUCACUACGAUGGAUUUCGAGUCAUAUCGCGUAAUAUAUUAACCGUAGAUUACAACUAUCUUGUGGGAUUUUGGUAACAAGUUUGUUUGUCCCCAAACGACUUUGAUUCAGCAAUCAGUGAUUUUGUGGAUUGAAUGCGUUUUAGUUUAGUCGCUUUUUCCAGCCUACUUAUUUGCUAGCCAUGACAAAACGUUAGCUCAUAGAUAUUGACGGGUAGCAGACAACUAAAAUGUGCUUGGAAACCGUUUGAAUUACUCUUUAAGACGUUUCAGCCAUCAUCCCAGUUUCAUGACCGAUAAUUGGACUAUUGAUACUUCAUUUCCAGCAAUAAUUUCGCUAACUGGAAACAUUUCACGUUCAUUUUGUUGGUACAUGUGUCUAGUGUCAUUUUUUGGACACUGUCUUGUUUGCCUUUUUAUUUCUUUGGUCAAAAUUGCUUAAUUACCAACUGUUUGUCAGUUUACAUUUAAGUUACUUCUGUUUUUCAUCGUGUAUGAAGCCUAUCAGGUUAAGUCACUCCAGCAACAUUUUUGUAGAAGCUGAAGAAAUUUAUUGACUCUUCAAUUUUCCACUCCGAUUCAUUAACAGUUGUUACUGCUAUUUUUAUAAUAAAUUUGUUAGUGUUAUCCAUUGACCAUACGAUAUCUUUAUGUAUGGUCUUAAGCUAAUAUCGAAGGUGGCUACAUAGUGUGUUUCGUAACAUAUAAUGGUAAUACUUGCUGAAAGCGAAUGUUUAUCAGAGCAUGUAUUAGCUGUUGUUUGUUCUCUGGAGUAGAAUAACACUCGUCUGCUAUUAGCUUAGUUUACCUACCUAAACGCCAAAGUCGUUUACUGAAAGUUUUCCAACAUACUUUUGGAUUUAACUUCGCGGUUCAUAACACCUUGGAUUACUAAUUCCAUAGUCAAAAUAAUACAGUUUCCCGUGUUAUUCUAACUUUACGAUGUAUAUCAGUGGAUAAAUGUUAGUGGUCCAGUUUUAAUAUCUUAGAUAAUUAAAUCGACUGCUAAGAAAUCUUCAAACUUCCCAGCUUUCCGUUAAUAUCACUUUAAUUCUAAUUAAUUUUUGGAUUUUGUUCCAUUUUACAUUCCAUGUUACAUUUGUCAGUUUUAAACAAUGUAUCAAAAGUACUAAAAUAAAUGCUGGAUUCCAAAUUCAAACUAUUCUUUACUUAUUUCAGUUUGGACAGUUGAAUAGUACCACUGGCUUUUCGUACUAGCGUGUCUGAAAGCAGCUAACGUGAAUCUGUACUAAUAAUUGUCAGGUUGAGCAUUAAAUUUUACAUUUAGAAUUAGUCAGUCAGUCAGUCAUCUACAACGUAAGAACAGGCACAUAUAUGCAUCGGUACGAGUUGUCAUAUCUCAUUAGCACAACAAGAUGAACACCAAGUUCAUAGAAGUAGUUACUUCAGUGAUAGUAAAAGAAAGAUUGCAUGUAAGGAUAUAAUACAGGAAGAAAUAGUUCGUAGGAAGGAAGGUAUAAUGCGAUUUUAUUCUAAUAGUUUAAGGAAAGACAGAGGGUGUACAUACCUACACCAUUGUGAUCGAUUCUGAACCAUGUCACCAAGAGUCUCCAACCAUUGGUUACGAUAGUGGCGCGGACCCCAACCAAGUAGUUCGUAUCUACCAACAUGGCUCAGACCAGAAGUCAGUGACUUUGUGGACUGAUGCCACGUUUUGGUUUGGUUGCUCCUAACUUUCUUCCAUCCGUCCCCAAUACUAGUCAGGAUUGAUAAUUAAUUAUUUAUUUAUUUUAUUAUAAAUUUAUAUGCAGCUAUAUACGUUGAUUUUAAUUUUUUGUAAUCUACAUUUAAAAAAGUUAUGAACAGUAGAAAAAAAGUAACACUUCUAAUACACCAUGUUUCUUAUGAUUUAUAGGCCAGGUCAUACACCUAUUACUGUUUCACAAGUUAUACGUAACACUUGGAAGCAAGAUGGAUUACGUGGCUUCUACCGAGGUGUAAGUGCAUCGUAUUUUGGUUCUCUAGAAACAGCUUUAAACUUCGUUGUAUAUGAAAAUUUUAAAUCAGAACUGCUUUGGAGAGAGCAUAAACGUAAACGUCAAUUAACUCUUAAUAGUUCUGUUCCAAUAUCGGAACAAUCUGUUUACAGUAGUAAUAAUGAUUAUCUGCCUCAAAAAGCGUCGGAUUUUCGUGGUUCAAGGGGCGGAAGUAAAUUAUCUGCUUCAAAAGAUAUGAUCUUGUGUAUGGUUGCUAGUGCUUGUUCUAAAGCAAUCGCUAUUACUGCUCUAUAUCCUCACGGUAAGUACGUAAGCGGUCAUUGUAGUAGCAUGAAUAUUAGUAAUUUUUAUUUAGGUACUUAACUUUCCAUUGAUUAAUUAAUUAACUUACCAGGUACUUUGUUACGAGCCACACUUAAAUUUGAGUGCUAAUGUUGACAGGGCAUAGAUUAAAUUAAAGCAUAUUCCAUGAAAAAAUCUAUGGGACCACUCUGAUUGGUCCGUUUUUAGUCAAUCAGCUUUGGUGCAUAGAUAGAGAGGACUCUAGAAUUUUUCUCUCUAUAUAUAUAUCAGCUUCCGAUUAACCUAUUAACUACUGUUGUAUUAUUAAUUAUUCUUAAUCUUCUGGCAGUUUAUUAUUCAUAGUCUCCCGUACUUUCAACCACUUUUUGGCUUGACCAUGUAUAAUUGUUAUUUUAUAUUCUACGGUGUGAUGUGGUCUGGUCUGCUUAUAUAUCAACUACGUUUGUCUAAAAUACAUUAUUAGUGGAGGCUGGUUACUGAUUUCUGAACUCAAGGGUAGGACGGAUAGGAGGUUAGAGGAUCGCGACCCAAUAAGAAUUCAGAUGUCAACCCAAAGUUUUUAACGUUGAACAGAUUCCGAAGUGGGGUUCAAAUCUGGAACUUAGUGACUGAAAGUUACUCGAGUGCCCUAACCACUAACUCAUCGCUUUACCACCACAAUUAAUAAUAGAUAUGGGUUCAAACUCAGAUAAAUAAAUUCGAUUGAAGUAACUGAGUGAACCAGUGCAUUUAACUUGCAUUGAUUAUUAUUAACAUAAAUAAAAAGCCCUAGAGUACAUUAACGUACAUUUGUUGACUAGAUUAUAUUAGUUCCUAAUUUCAUAUUCUAUCAAAUUGUGUUAUGGCUUUUUUAUGUCCAGGUAAUUAUAAAUGACUGUAAUCGUUUGUUAACUUAAACAAGAACUUAGAUUUAAAUCAAUAAUUUAAACAAAAAUUAAAUCUCUUUUGUCAAAUAACUUAAUUCCAAGAAUGUUUUACUUCGAAAUUCAUUUUACGUCUUUCUUUUUGCUGCCUUGAUUAUCAGUAAUACAGAAAUGACCUUAGGAAAAAUAUCAAUACAUAUUGUUUUACAGCAGACCACUAAAGAUCAAUAAAAGUAAAUCAAUGCGUAUGUACACUUGAUUUCCAGGCAUUACUUAGAAUAUAAGAACGGAAGAUCACUACCUGGAUGAUGAUAGACAAGUAGAUGAAAUGGUCUUAGACUUAAAUUUACAAAGUCAUUCAGUCUAUUUUCUGUUCGUAUCACAUGAUUAACCUGGGUGUGUAUUAACGCUCUAGGUCACCAAAUAUUGUUGUAACAACCAUGAUUGGCUCAAUCAAUAGUUUAACAGUGGCAAAUAUCGAAACUUCCACAAUCUAGUCCAUGUUUGUAAAUUUCGAGACAUUGACCUAGACCUAUUUCACAAGGCCAAUUUUAGUCAUGUGAUGGGUUUGGAAAAAUUAAGACCAUCGUCUAGUGAAUUAUAAAAGAAAUUUAUGUUAUGUAACAACAUCGUGGAAACAAUCAAUAUAGAAUAUAAUUGAGAAAAAAUGUACAUUAAAUAAAAUUUAGUGAGUUUUCUGUCGUUUUCGUCACAUAGUUUUGAAGCAUUUUGCUUCAUGAACCUCCGUCCAGCGUACUUUGAAUAUGAAGAAUAAUUAAUCCAUUUUGUUUUCAUAUGAAGCUACAAUUAGGUUUAUAUGUAAGUUUACUGUUAAUGAGUGUGAUACAGAAAAACAAACAGUUUGUUUUAUUUUGAUAGUAUACUAUCCUACAAAUCUGGAAAUCGUAAAAAAUUUUGUCUUUAUAAUUUUCCAUCUUUACUAUUAAAUAGAAGUAGCUCGAACUCGUUUACGUGAAGAAACUGGACAAUAUCGAGGAUUUUUUCGUACACUUCAUUUAGUUGGCAAAGAGGAAGGUAUAAGUGGACUUUAUCGUGGUAUGGCAACUCAUUAUAUUCGUCAAGUACCUAAUUCUUGUAUUAUGAUUGGAACUUAUGAAUUCGUUGUCUUUCUGCUACAAUCUUGGGAUUUAACUAAAGACACCAAGGUAUAGUAGUGUAUUGCCUUUAUUCUUCUACUAAUUAAAAUCUUAUAUUCUUUCACUUUUCUCCAUUUGUACAGAAAAAUCAUUAUUAGAAUGAAAAAUAAAUGUGUAUAAUUUCACUUAAUUUGUUUUUACUCCUUAUAAUCGUGUUACUUCCCAUUAAAAACAAAAUAACAGAACUUAUAAUCUAAAGAAGAAUGUAAGCGAUAGACAGAGUUAUUCAGGACUUUUCUUCCAAUUAAGUUUACUUCUUAUUUAAUUUAUUAUUAUUACUAUUAUUAUUUGUAUACUGUAUUGUGUCAAAUUGUGAUAGUCAAUUGUGAAGAUUGAUUCUCGAUGGGCGAGUAUUUCAUUUCUUUUGUACUUGUUUGUUUAUCCACUCCCUCGCUUUUCAUUGCUUCUUUUUAUCACUUGCUUCCACUGCUAAACGUCAUAUAUGUAUUGAAGAGUACUUUUUUUAAAAUGUACACAAUAUGCAUUAAUACACCGGCAAAAAAGGUAAACAUACUGAGGCGUGUAGAUGUUGUGUUGUAAAUUUUUAUCUCUAUCGUCACCACUUCCUUCGUCCUUUUGUCUCUCUCACCCCCAAGAUUAUCAUCAUUUAUCUCUUAGUUGUGUUAUUAAUCAUCUAUUUUCUCUCAGUUUAUGGUAUUGUAUACUACUGAUUAUUAUUAUUAGUCUCUUCCCUUCUUUUUCCCCUGAUUAUUGUAUACAUGCAUUUUCAUUAAGUUUUGUAAUAAAGUUUGAUCAGGAAAAUAAUCAUUAUAGAUGACAAUAGUUGUCUCCUUUUUUCGGUAUUGAAUAUAGUGCUGUAAAACUAAAAAAGAAGCAGAUCUGUGGCCCAAUGCAAAGUACAAACCAAAUGUUGAUAGACGAUAAAUUUAUUACACAUCAAAAAUAGAUCAAAAACUAUGCCUGAAUACACUAUUCUUCACAUGUUUCCUAUAUACAUUGAUCAAUAAUUAGAUCUUAAUAAAUUGAACUGGGUAGUACUGGAUAUUAUUUAAUCACUAACUUACUGCAUAAAUACAACUUGCAAUUUCAUUAUUUUGAAAAGAGCAAGAACAAAGAUUCUAGCAGAAUAGCAUGAAUUCAUUUUAUUUCGUAGGUUCUCUUCAGCUGUGAUAUUUAAAAAUCAUAAUUACAUAAUGGGUUUAAAUUGCUUACUGAAUAUUGUAAAUAUAUACCUAAUGUGAAAGAAUAUUCUACAACAUUAUGACAACAGUUCAAAAGUGGGUUAGAAACAAUUGAUUACAUAAUGAAUAAACAUUGAUAGGAAUAUAGUGAGUAGAGUUCAGUUGAAGGAUAGUUGAAAAAUAAAAUAAAAUCAAUGAUGUAAUAAAUACAAGAGAAAAAAAAGGAAAAUUUUUUUUAAAGUGUAGCGAAAGAAUAUUUAUCAACAAGGCAAGGAAAGAUUAACCACUGUCUCCUUUUGAAUACAUGGGUCAGGUUUUUGACACCUGAUGGCAACGGCUUCAGAAGACUGGAGUUUGGCUGCUUACUAAUCACCCUAAAGGAUUGUAAGGUAUCUACCUGAUGUCCUGUAUCAAGGAGAUGUUUGUUGAUUGCACUAUACAGAUUCUUUCUUUCCCUUGUUCUAAGACUUUUUGGGACAUGUUCAAAAAAUCUAAGAUAUGCUCUCCUCUCAGUUCAGCCGAUGUAGCUGCUUUGGCAGGUAUACGUAAAUUUAUGAAUACAGUUGGCGGUGACAUGAAAGGGGUGCUUGUCGACCUUUGGUUGGGUUAUUGAACAUGUUUUAUAGAGAGUUAAAAGUUUAGCAGCCGGAUAAGUUCUGGCUAGAGCAGUGUUCAGUCUCCUGCUGAUUAUUUGUGCGACGUUAUCACCUUUAAAGUUAAGAUUUAUAUAUACUGGCUUUUUAUUGACCGUAGUUAUUUCCGUCUUGUUUUCUUUGGGCUUUUUAUAUUUGUUAAUAAACUUUUGUGGAUAAAAGUUGUCUUUGAGACAUUUUUCUACGUUCAUUAAUUCUUCCAGUUUGUCGGUGGUACAUAUCUUUUCUACCCUGUAAAAUAGUGUUUUAACCAAUGCCUUCUUGUAACUAAUUGGACAAAAACUAUUGAAAUUCAGGUAGAGGCCAUUCAAAUUACUUUUUCUAUAAACUGAACGUUGGACUGUCCCGUCUCCCCUGCGUUUUAUGGCAAUAUCAAGAAAGUGGAACAUGUCGUUCUGUUCGUGCUCCAUAGUGAAAUGUAUGUUAGUGCGAGCGUUAUUGAAAAGUUUUAGCAGGCGGAUUGCAUGUUGUUUAUUGUUACAGUUAAUGUGUCGUCCACAUAUCUGGAGUAUUCCGUUGUUUCACUAAUUGCCUGUUUAAGUACCGUGUUUUCAAGAUACUCCAUAAAAAUAUCUGCCAUAAUUGGACCUAGUGGGCUUCCCAUUGCUACGCCAUCGAU